AUGGCGGAGUUCAGCGUCGCGUGCUCGGCACCCGUGGCCGGCGCACAGACCAAGGGCGUCGCCACCUUGGCCGGCGAUGUCCUCGCGUGGCGCCCGAGCGACGGCAACCUCACCGGCGAGCGCACCGCUCCCCUGCACCUCAUCACCGGGCAUCAGCGCAACAAGGCGGGGUCGAAGGUGCCGUCGCUCAGGCUCGUCGUCGGCGAGCCGAUGCCCGGACAGAAACCCAACGCGCUGGUGCUGUCGUUCCCGGGCGCCGAGACCGACAGGGACGCCCUCAGCGACGCCAUCAAGGCGGCGCUCACCGAGAUCAUGAGGUCGCGCAGGAUGCAGGCGGACGCGGACGGCGGGGGGAACCCCGACGGGGGCGCGCCGGACGCCGACCGCGCGCACGUCACCACCGCCGCCGAGCGCGCGGCUCGCGAGGCGCUCCUCGCCGCUAACCGCGACCUCGCCGACAUGCACGGCAAGCUCGUCAUGGGGUCCAAGCACCGCCGCGACGGCGCCGAGCUCAGCGCGACAAUCACCGACGACGAGUUCUGGGCGUCGCGGCGCCACCUCCUCGCCGGCGCGGUGGCCAAGGUGGGCGCCAACCAGCGCACGGGCAUCGACAACUCCGAGAUCGCGGGGAUACAGGGCCAGCGCGCGGGCGACGGCGACAAGGUCACCGCGACGCUGACGCACGAGAAGAUGCACCGCAUCUUCGCAGAGAGGCCCGCGGUGCGACAAGCCUUCGUCGACAACGUCCUCGCCGGGAAGAUGACGGAAAGAGAAUUCUGGACCCGGUUCCUCAAGUCCGAGUACUUCAAGAUGGUGCGAGCGGGGGCGCCGCCGCAGGGCGAGGAGGAGGCUGCCGACCUGCAGCUGUUCAGCAGGCGACCGGCGCCCGAGGUGGAGCGCAGAGCUCGCGUCCUCGCGCUGAGCAGAUCCGUGAACCUGGUCGCCGACGCGGGGGAUUACGCCGGGCAGGUUGGCACCGCCGUGGCGUCGCAGGGCGCCGGGCGGGUCAUGGGGAUGGAGGACGACGUCGGCGGGGGACCCCAGGGUGGACACGGCAUCGCGAGGGACGGCGCGAAGGAGCCGCCGCCACCGGCGACGCGAGCCGCGAUGGUCGCCGCGGCGGGUGGCUCGGGCCACGCCAAGGCUGCGGCGGCCAAAUUCGCCGCCAGGGAGGUGCUCCAAUCGCUGAACCAUCACGCGGAGGUGGUGCUUCGGGGCCGACCGUCGAUGGCGGUCACGGACGCGCGGUCCGCGGCGAUGGCGGCGGAGGAGCAGGAGCGCGCCGCGUGGGCGCAGACGAGCAACAAAAACGUUUCAAACGCGGGCGGCGGCGGCGGCGACGACGACGACGCGCUCGUUCAGCUCGAGGACCUCGUGGAGCGCGAGGCGCCGCGCCGAAUGCGUUUGACGCUGGAGGAUAGGGACGCGUACUUCGCCGCCGCCACGGGAGGGACGCGGGACGGCGCGGGCGACGGAGACGGCGAGGGAGACGAAGCCGGACACAUCCGGACGAUAUCUCCGGAGACGGUUCGCGCGAGGGCUCGGCACCUGGUGAAGGGGAUCCGGCUGGUGUGCGAGCAGCUCGGCAUCGAGCCCACCGUCGACGGCGUUCCGGUGGCGUUUCCAGAGGGAACGGAGAUCACGGACGAGGACAGGGCGAGGGCGAGCGCCGGGCGGAGGGAGCUCGAGGGCGGCAAAAAAGGGGUCAAAGGGGUCGUCAAAGGGGAGCCCGACGAGGCGUCGGCGCGGGUCGUCAAGGGCGAAGAAGUCGACGCAAAAACGGGGAUUGGAAAACGGAAGAGGCGACGCGGGAUGCCGCGGCCCGUCGCCAACGAGGACGCCCUCGCCGUGCUGAAGGAGAUGGCCGUGGCGAACAGGCGCGAGAUCGUCAACGCGGGUCUGGGCGGCGGCGGCGGCGGCGCCACCGGCUGGGGCGCCGCCGGCGAUCUCGAAUCCGACGCGUGCAAGCUCGACGACGCGACGGAGGGCGCGCUGAGGGACGACGCGGGGAUGGCGAACGAGCUCCUGCGGCACUUUUGGUCCGCCCAGCCCUUGGUCACCCCGGCGCGGUGGGACAAAGCCGACCGCGUGGCCAGGACGCUGGAAAAGGUGUACGAGCGACUCGAGGCGACGAAGCGUUCGCAGACGGGCGCGAGGCGAAGCGCGGCGGCCAUCAGGUUGAAGCCGCUGGUGCAGGCCAUGGACGCGGCGUUCCAGUUCUUCGACGACGAGAAGGUGAAGAGGGCGUCCGCGUACGAAGCGUUUGAGAAGGAAAAGGCGGCGAGGGAAUAG